CACAUUUUGGUUUUAAGGAUUUAUUUACGAUACGGUUGUGUAUUGACUUUGUGGGUGUGGUAACUACUGGAAACCCCGUUUUAGGUGAACAGGGUUUCCAUGGUUGCUGGAAAGUGAAAAUAUCUUCAAGCGACAGUUGAAGUCGUCCAUGGACUGGUUGGUACUGAUUAGACAGCCAGCUUGAUAGUGCCAACAACAUCAGAGAGAACUUGUUAGAUCGAGAGACCGACUUGUCUUCACAUAAAAUCAACUUUUAAAAGGACAGCCAGUAUAAUGUUUUAUUCAAAUUCAUGGACUAAGUGCUUGAUAUGCCUUAUCUUUAUAGCAAGUGGAAAUGCCGAGUGUCCCAAACCUCAAGUAGAGGGAAAUGUUGUUCUAACGAAUGAUGCGCUAUUAAUGAACGAUUUUCCGGAGGGGAAGGAAGCCACUUUUGAGUGUGCCAACGGCUACUUGAAAGAGCAAGGAUCUGAAAGAAUCACCUGCACGAGUGGAAAGUGGAGCACGCUCGAAUUAACCUGCAAAAAGAAGGACUGUGGUGCCCCCAGGGAGAAACCACAUUUGAAAUAUGAGUUUGGUGAGGAAGGCACGCUUUUUGGUGCAUCAGCAAGAGCAAUCUGUGAUAAAGGUUAUCAGCUUACGGGCCCAAGUUACAGGCAGUGUUAUGCCACAGGUUGGAGUGGAAGACCAAGAUGUGAUGUGGUAACUUGUAAUAAACCUCCUGAGAUAAUGAAUGGCACGAUCACAGAGAAGCCUGGCGAAGAGUUCCCAGAGUACGGUGGUGUCAUACACUACUCCUGUAAUGAAGGUUACACCCUCAUUGGAAACAAAUCAAUUGAGUGCAAUGAAGAUGGUGAAUACAACUCAUUACCUCCUGAAUGUAAAGAUGUCAAUGACAUUCCUUUGAAACCAACAGCAACUAUUUCAAUAACAACAACAACAUCAUCGACUGUUCAACCCACAAUACGAGAUGCCAAUGACAUUCCUUUGAAACCAACAGCAAUUAUUUCAACAACAACAUCAUCGACUGUUCCACCCACAAUACGAGAUGUCAAUGACAUUCCUUUGAAACCAACAGCAAUUAUUUCAACAACAACAUCAUCGACUGUUCCACCCACAAUACGAGGGCUCAGACUGCACCUAUCUGCUAGUCUGCAUCUGUAGCCUUGAAAAGAAGUGCCAGCAGGUUGUUCCUCUGAUCAUUCCCUGGUUGGACAAAGCCAUUUCAUUUACAGUGCCCUUAUGAAUGUGGCAUUACUGAAUGGAAGUUAUAAUUGCACUUUUUAUUAAGUUUUAUUUGAAAGUCAGUUCAGCAGAAAUGUUUUAACCCAAUGUUCGAAAACCAGUAUUUAAAUCUUGCUCUUGUUGUGUGGGCAGAAGCCCCUGUAAUAAGAUUAGUGCACUAAACAAAAUGUAUGAUUGAGGAAAUCCCCAGGCUGAUAGUUACUGACAAUUUCUAAAUGUGUGCUUACUGAUCGUGGCUCACAGGAAAAUAACAGUAAGGGACAGUUUCCUGGACCCAGGUUAAGCCUACAGCGCUGUAUUCCUUUUCAAGUAGGCUUAAUCUGGGUCCAGGAAACCAGCUCUUCAUGUUCAUUUCCUGCAGCCCCAAAUGUCACAAAAUAAUGUCAAUCUUAUUUACUUAGAGGUUUUGUACUUUGAUUUUAUAGUGUGUAUUGUGUGAUUUAAGAGAUCAAAUAAUUUUUUAUGAUAACUGCCUUUUCUCCUUCUUUGAGACACAUUUGUGUAAAUAUGAAAGUAUGUACAUUGUCUAAUAAUCAUGGUUGGGUAGGUUAAUUUGUAAAUGUAAUCUUCUACAGUUACUAUACUAUAUCCCAGAAAUGUUCCUUAUGCACAAAAAAGCUUAUUUCUCUCAAAUGUUGUGCAUAAAUUAGUUUACAUCUAGGGUUGCCAACUUUUUCACUACCAAAUAAGGGACAAAAGGUGGCGUGCCAGUGCACGAUGCCAUGGUGGUAUGGGUAUGGUGUUGUGUGAAUGAAUAUACAGUGUAUAUUCAUAUUCAAUUGGAAAGGCAAAACAUUUCUAUAUUCCAUUUAGCCUAUAGCUUUACUAAAACUGUAUCAUUCUGUAAACUUAUGUGAAUAAACCUCAAAAUAAAUGAUCAAAGAAA